GAUUUUCCUUAUAAAGAUCAAAUAUGGAUCCUGAAGCUGAGAUAAAGAAGCAAGUAAACCCUUUCUACUGCAAUAUUUGCAAAAUCUGGUGUGCUUCUGCAUUAAACUUGCAGACUCACUUCCUUGGAUUCAAACACAAGACGGUUGAAGAAGCACUGAAAGCUCAUGGCAUUGUUAAAACUGCAAGUGGCUCAGGGGAGCAAGUGAAAACACCUGUAAAACUUCCUGAUUAUGUGCAAACUGAGCCAGAGAGGUUUCAUGGACAGACCUUGGAAGAACAGCUUAAUACAUGUAAAGAUUCAGAACCUGCACUUGGACUUAAUUAUAUAAUUGAAUACAGAUCAAAAGAGAAUUUCCCUUUUCUCUAUGAAUGCCAACUGUGCCAUUGUAAAACAGGACUGAGUAACAUGUUCAUGCAUGUUUGUGGUUCCAAGCAUAGACUGGCAUACCUGAAACAACAUUAUCCUGAGAUAGCAGAAUCUGAUGAAGUUAAGGGUAAAGGCUCCGAACUGAACAGAAAAGUUAGGCAAGUUGCAUUAACAAUUGAGAAGAAAGAAGGAAGAAAACAAAUAAAGGUUGUUACAGAUGCUCCGAUAAUGAGGAGGAGAUGGCAAGAAUAUCCUAAUGCAGAUGACAGCCCUUCAAAAGCUAAAGUUCAGCAUGUGGAUAUGUCGCUUAGUAAUGAAGAAAAAACAGAUUGUAAAAAUAAGGAUGGAAAAAUGCCAGACCCUAUUCAAGAUGAAAAGAAUGUUCAAGAGGAGCAGGCAAAAAGUCAGAAUGAACAGGCAAAACCAGAUGAGAAGGUUGAACCUAAUAAGGCUACUGAAAGCAGCAAAGGCAACAAGACUGAAGAAGGCAGCAAAGGCAACAACUCAGAAAAGUGCGAGACCAAUAAACAAUCGCAGGAAGAAAACGAGGAAGUUGAGCAAGAACUUACAGCAAAUCCUGAAGAAUUCACUAGUCAAGAAGAACUGUUGGGUUAUUUGCAAAGUUUUGAGAUACUGAAUGAAGAUGAUGCUUCAUUUAUCCUAAAAGUUACACAGACUCUUACAGAUGCACUAGUGGAAUAUCGUCAGCAGGCUGUAUCAAAAAAAGACAUCUUAGAUACUGAAUAUAAUGGAGAAGAAGCAUUGGAACAUUCCACAGAACAGUCUGACCUGACUUCAGCAGAUAUUAGUGACUCUGAUACUGAUUAUUCAAGCAGCCGAUCAGCUAAGCAGUCCUUAUCAGUAAAUGAAGAAGAUGAACCCCAAAACUUUUCAACUGGCUCUUCGGAAACAGCAUAUGAGAACAACAUCACUACUGAAUUUUUGAACAGUGUAAGAAAUAUGGAUGUUGAGGAAGUUACUGCUACUCUACACAAAAUAGCAGCAGCAAAUCCAGCUUUCAGAGGAAUUGAUAUUCCGAAUGUUAUAAGGAUCCUGACUGAAAGUGGAACUCUGAGAAGACCAAGCAAUGGCAGCACACAGUGACAUGGUAGUUAAUAUAGCAAUGUUUACUUUCUGUAAGUUUGAGAUUGUUGUUUUACUUAAUAUGAACUCAAUGUAGCUGAUUUUGCUAUGUACAAAUGUUGUACAGUGUUAUUUUAAUUAAAUUAAUAACUUGGUUUUGAGAUUCUUGUUAUUUAUUUCUCCAUACAGCUGAAAUUUCUGUAUUUGUGGAAAGGUUGUAACGCUCACGUUCUUUCCACGUUAAAACAUACUUUUAAAACAGGUAUCUUGUUUUUCUAAAUAUCUUUAAAUACCAUACGGUGACAGUCUGAUCUUUUCUUACUGUUGGUUCUUUUACAAGGCGUUAUCAACAGAAUGAACUACUGCAGUCAGCAGUACAAAUGCAUCCUAUGACAAAUACUUGGAAGUCACUCCCUGUGGCUGCUGGGCCUGGUUGAAAAGCUAUUGUAAUCAAACAUCCCUUCCCAUAUAAGGAUUAUGAAUAGGUUUCCACAUAUGUUUUUAAAGAUUAAAAAUAAUAAUAAAAAGUCAGUGCUGUCAGUCUAGUUCUGAGUUGAGAAGUUCCUAGAUUAUAGGCAAUUUAGGGAUCCUAGAUAGCUGGAAGCUUUAGCAAAGUCAACAGAGGUUGGCUACGUCUGCAAAUUCAGGGAUACGUCCCAAGAGAUCUAAGCGGACUAUGGUUAAGGGACACUGGUGUGGUCGCGAAAGUAUCUUUUGUCUUCUCUUACCCCACCAGUAUGCGAAUGGAAUGGAAGCUGGCUUAUACUGUCCUUCAAUUCAGGCUCUUUUAAUGUGCAUUUUUUUCCAGCUAUAGCAGUAGUGUUUUUGACUGAAUGAAGGUCUGUAUAUUAAUUACUACUUUUGUAGGAUGAUGAAAAAUGUUUUGGAAGGUUACAAAUUAGCGUGCUUGG